AUGAAACCAAGAAGUCUUACACUGUUCACAACAACCAUCCUCCUUUGCCUCAGCAUGGUGCAGCCUAAAACAAAGAAGAAAAGAGUAACGACGCCAAAACCUGGGUACUGCCCGGAAUUUUUUCUCCCCUGCCCGUUUGUCCGCUUACCCGUAUGCAAGCUUGAUAAAGGGUGCAAGGGCAUCAAAAAGUGCUGCUUCUACUACUGUCAGAUGCGCUGUGUGGAACCUUGGACGACCACGAUUUGA